AUGUCCUCCUUAUUACCUCGAAAGAAACGUAUCCUUUCUUUGCGUCGCGAUCGCACACAGUCUGUACUUACAUUAGAACCCAUAAAGUCAACACAAGAAAUACCUGGAAAAACAUCCCCACCACCAACACCACCACAAUCACAAUCACAAUCGCAACCGCAACCGCAACCGCAACCGCAAUCGCAAUCGCAAUCACAAUCACAAUCACAAUCACAAUUACAACCUCAACCACAGAAAUUACCACCGCUAGAGCCAGCGAUAGAACCACACCCCCCUGUUCAAUUACCUACAAAUGAAGAAUCCUACUCGUGUCCUAUAUGUGAUAAAGACUUGAGCUGUACACGAUCGAGUUAUCUACGGCAGCAACAUGUCAACAAAUGCUUAGAUUCACCAACCAAUUUACCCAUCACCAAAGAUCAAUCUCCAUUUGAUUAUUGUAUAUUUUGUGGGAAACACAUUUCCGCAUUAAACUCGGCUCGUAAAGACGCACACUUUAAUCGUUGCCUGGAUGACAUUGCGCGAGAAGAAAAGGAGUCUAAUGAUGCUGCUAAUUUAGCUAUUGCUGCCAAAGAAGCUCCUUAUCUUUCUCGCCUUGAUCUUUGUCCUUGUUGCUACGAGACUGAUUUAUUUCGGAAUUAUAACAUCAAACGUAAAAUAGCUCAUGUCAAGCAAUGUGCCAAACGUCGAUCUAUGACUUUACCUCAGCUCUUACAACAAUGUCGGUGGCUAGGGUGGGGGCAUACCCCUGUCCCUGUGGCUCAACCACCUCCACCUUCACCACCGUGUACUGCUAAAACAUCUUUAAAACGAACUAUAAAUUUCGCAGUGGUAGAAGAUGGUUCAGAGGACUUUAAAGAAACUGUUUUGAUGUAUCGCAAACCUCAUCCUCUAUUUAAAAAAUCAACCAAGGAUGAUAAGAAAGACGAAUCUCUUCAGACUGCUCUUGCCCUUUCCCUGUCCAUGAAACCAUCUAUUGUUAAGAAGAAAGGCCGACCUACUGAAUAUGAUCAUAAUUCAUCGAAUAUUCUCACAGUUGAAGAGUCUCGUCGAUUGAUUGCAGACGCACUUGACAAUAUGCUGUCCAGUCUACCUCAUCCUUGUGAAAAGGAUUUUUUGGCCAUCCCCCCUUCUAAGUUAAAAACAAAAACAAUUGAACAUACACAGGAAAGGUGCCUGUGGAAUCUAGCCGUUUAUCGGAAUGUCCCAUCGUCCAAAGAAAUAUAUAUAUCAAAGAUCAUCAAACCUGAUGAUGAUGACUAA